AUGGGGGAGGAGAGGGGUGGGGGAAGGGGUGGAGGAAUGUUACUAUAUGAUCACAAUGAAUCUAGUCGAGAGAUAGAGGGUGGGGAAGCAGAUAGAGUGAUGGGGCAGGGGAAGGCAAGGGCAAUGGUAGAUUAUCAAAAUAAAGAGGGGAUCGCUGCCAUCCGAAAAGAACGAUCUCGGGAUGCGGCCCGGUCCAGGCGCGGCAAGGAGAACUACGAGUUCUACGAGCUGGCCAAGCUUCUCCCGCUUCCGGCGGCCAUCACCAGCCAGCUGGACAAGGCCUCCAUCAUCCGGCUGACCAUCGGGUAUCUUCACAUGAGGCACUUCUGCCUCCAGGGGGAUCCGCCUUGGCACAACUACCCAGAGAAUAUCUCGACACCUACCAAUUCUUCCAGGCAUCUGUCGGUAUUGCAAGGGCGUUACCCACAUGUCCAGUCAGGAACCAACGCCAUUGCAAGAGAAGUGUAUGAACACCAUCUUGGAAGCCAUAUAUUACAAAGUUUAGAUGGAUAUCUCUUUGCAUUAUACAGAGAUGGAAGAUUUCUUUACAUCUCGGAGACCGUCUCAAUAUAUCUAGGACUCUCACAGGUAGAGUUGAUGGGUUGUUCAGUCUUCGACUACGUGCAUCCCGGCGACCACGCGGAACUGGCCGAACAGCUCGGGAUGAAGCUUCCGCCCAACAAGACGUCCUCGUCCCCAUCCAGUGCCAAUGCCGAUGGUAACUCUACCAGUGGUUCCGCUGCGGGUAGUCCUGCUGCGAUAGGACCAUCAACCAUCCAGGAUGACGUAACACUGAACAUGACAGCAACAUCAGACAGAAUGGAGAGAUCAUUCUUAAUCAGGAUGAAAUCAACUCUUACUAAACGAGGCGUCCACUUCAAAUCUUCAGGUUAUAAGGUGAUUCAUGUAACAGGUGCCCUCCGUCCCGAGAUUAGUCUGUCGCAAUACAACCAUCACCCUCCCAACGUCCUUGGCUUCGUCGGUGUUGGGUACUCUCUACCGCCCCCUACCAUCAGUGAGGUUCGUCUCGACCCCACCAUGUUCAUGUGUAAGGUGGACCUGGAUUUUACCAUUACUUUCUGUGAGGCCAAGAUUGGUGAUUUUCUUGACCACUCUGCAGACAGCAUUAUUGGUAAAAGCUUCUACAGUUAUAUUCAUGCUCAGGAUAUUGCCAAUGUGCGUUCAAGCCACCAAGAUUUACUGAACAAAGGACAGACUAUCACCAAAUACUACCGUUGGAUGCUAAUGGAAGGAGGCUAUGUAUGGGUCCAAACUACAGCAACACUCUGCUAUGCUAAGAACUCAAAUGAUAGCUCAUUUAUCUUCAUAAACCAAGUCCUUAGUCAUGUUGAACAUGGUAACAUUGCUAUGGAUAUAAGUCAGAUCCCAUCAUUAGCCUCUGAUGAACAUAUAGAACUCUUAGGAACAUCACCUACAAGAAAUAAAACGUCACCGUGCCGUCAUUCAGGAGACGAGGCCGAUGGAGUCUCAGACAAGCAGCUAAGAACAGUUGGGGAUAGCAACAAUAACAGCAAGGGACACCAAGGUCUGCUGGAGGGAAAAACAAGAAAGCGCCCUCAGAGUCCCGAAAGGAGAAAGAGUAAAAAACAACGUGGUGCUCAGAUUACAAGGAAUGAACCCACUGGUAACCAUAGCGACAUAGAACAUAAAUCUGAGAUAAGUGGGAGAGAGAGCAAGAGGAAAGCCAAUGCAAGACUCCUCGCACAGAAGCCUAAAGCCACGCCCGAUGUUAUCCCUAAGCAGGUUAUCAUCAGGUCGGACAGUCCAAAUGAAAAGACACUGACUGUCCUUGGUGAGAGAGGGGAUUUCAGAGAGUCCGAAGACUAUGCUAAGAGGAGUAAAGAGCGAUUGCAACAUACUGAAGACGUCGUCAAGGAAGUGAUGGAGGACAAAGGGAUCCAUCAUUCACCACCGGCGAUGUCUCCUAUAAAUCACAUGCAGGCUUCAUCUUCCUUGUUAGCUCUUAGCGUCAGGAAUGCGAGCAGGCACGAAGAGGAAGAUAUCGUCCGGGUGCCAUCGGGAAGCUGGGAGAACCCUCCGAAUCGAGAACUGCCUCCGGAUCAUAACGGAAUGAUCCCGUCACCGGACACUAAUCACACCCGUCUCAGUCUGGCCCCUAUGAAUACGGUGCCCAAGGGGGUCUUUACUACCCCCAGUCCCAAGACCCCCGACUCUCUUCUCACCCCUCCUCUAUCAGACUCGGCCAAGAAUCAGUUCUCUCUGCCUCCUGUAAGCUCACUGACAUCGCCCAAAGCCAGACCAACAAACACUGACAGUAUUACCCCAAUCUUCACCACCGAGAGUUCAAUCAGUCGAUAUAUAUCACCAUCAAGCAGCAAGCACGAGACCGUGUAUCCAAUCCCGUCGCCGUUGACCCAGAACCCAUCUGUGGAAAGCUUAGACUCCAUGAGAAACAUGGUCAAACAGGAACCCAGUUUCUACAACGCUCGUAUGUUGGGCGUGCCAUCAUCUUACACCAACAUGGCUGCGUACGCCAACUAUGGACAGUACAAUAAUCUUCAACAUUACAACGCUACCGUAAACCUGACAUCCAGGGCCUAUCAAGCCGCUGCAGCCAGUUAUGAUGCUUCUAUGUAUAAGAACUACCAUACCACCACUGAUCUACCCAUAGAUCUAUCGUAUAACGGUGUGACAGGUAUCCCUAUCAUGUCGCCAGCUAAUGGACCAUACUUCCCAGCCGCUUCUAGACUCCAAUACAACAUCACAGACGGACAGCUCAGCUUGAACUGUGACAAGACGGGACUGGAUAAAUCAAAGACACCAUCGGUUUAGCUAACGUAGAAACAGAUAUAUCCUGUGUACGAGUGUGUGUCCACAUGUUAUUCAGACUACAGCAGUAUUACCCAGAGAAUUGUAAAGAAAUUCUUCAUGUUAUAUCUGACGAAAUGCGAUGUAAGAUGACGGAACAAAGGAUACAUUACACAUCCAAUUGCCAAAUUUUUUGUAAAUAUUGAGAUCUAAUCUUUUAUUGACUGAAUUUUAUCUCUCUAAGUCAGGAAGUUUUAUUUGUUGUAUGUGAGCAUUAGAUCACCUUUUCACAUAUCCAUCAUGUUUAGAUGUAUACUUGAUCCAUUAUCUUGAUGUUGAAAUGAUAGGUUUAAUUAUAAGGGAAAGGGUUUCUUAACAAAAGUCUGUGCCUCUUUCCUUGGUUUUAAGCAGGAAUCACUCAUUUAUUCCUGUUUUAUCUCUUAUUUUCUGCACGGAGAAAAAAAAUUGGGAGUUUGAUAUUUCCUCUGUGUCAUGCAGCUGACCACUGAUGGUUUGCUCUUGCUGUGGCUCAAAGCAGAAAUCCCACUCAGCGUCUUUACCUGUUUAAUCCACUAGAUUGCCUCAGCUUAAUCUCACACGCAGCUGACCAAUGGGCUUUUCUUACUGUGGCUUUGAGCACAAAUCCCACUCAGCAUCUUUAACAAUUUAAUCUUGUAUUUUCUGCAUACAUUCAACAAUAGGGGAUUGGGAGUGUCUCAGUAGAAGGCGCUGCACCAGCCCGAGUUUGCUCAAUCUCGAGAUUUUAGCCCCAUUGGCCCUCUUCGCGAUUAAUCUCAAGAUUAAAGAAACCUGUCUCCACCAUCGCAAGAAAACCAAUUCCUGCUCAAGGGAGCCAUUGAUGCAUUAUGGUCUGACGCCGUGAAUAAAUAAUCCCAAGUGCGUCUGUACCUGCAAAUUAGCGGGAUAAUUCGUAAAAUUGCGUGAUAUUUUACAAAUAAUCCCAAGUUGACUUGGGAUUGCAAUCUCGAGCUUAAUCCAGCAAACUAGCGCGAUAAUUGCGUCUCCAUUACAAAUAAUCUCGAGAUUGUUCAGAUCGGGAUAAUUUGCCCGAUCGGAAAUAGCGCCCUAAUUUGAAAACUCAGGCUGGUGGAGACGGCCCUAGUGUAAUCCUGCACUCUGCACCUUUUCCCACUUAAUCACCUUAUUUCUUGUUUUGACAAAGGAAUGGGAGAUUGAGAUUGUCUCAGUGCAAUCUCACACUCAGCAUUUUCCCCCUCUUAAUCCCCUAUUUUCUGCAUUGGCAAAGGAAUUGGAGUUUUACUUUUGUUAAGGUACUUAGCCCAAAGUCCCAAGUUUUCUGAGAUAUAGGGGAAAAAAUUAUGUGAAUUUUGGUAGAACACAGAAAUUAAUAGAAACACAAUUUUCAGACUUAAAAAUCAUGAAAAUCGAAGCCAGUUCAAUUUAAAGAAACCAUGGAUCAGUGAGAAAAUCUUCCAAUCAAAGUGUUCGCAGUAAAAUCAUGUAUUUGCCAAGCUUUUACUGCAGUGCACAUAAUUAUAUCAUGGAAACUUCAGUUUUUCUAAUAUUUUUACUAUUUACAAUUCUUUAUCUUUCUGUUUUCUAAAUGCCACCGAGGAACACGUAAAUUUGACGUUUAAAACCAUAAAUAACAUGAAAUUAGCAUUUUGAUAAAUUGAAAAUUUGGGACAAAUUCGGAUUUCAACUGAAAUAAAUUGUGAUUUUUUUAUGGUAAACUUAGAACAACAGAUUUGCUUGCAUGUAUGCUCUAGGGAAACAUAAUGCUUUUUGGCUAAGGUGGGGAUGGUGAAUUUUUAAACAAAGACUCUCCUUGCAAGGAUUAUAAAAUUUUUACUGGCUUUCCCAGAAUUACAAAUAUAGUUUAUUCAAUGUCCUUCAAAAAAAGUUUGACCCCCCCCAAAAAAAAAAAAAGUUUCUACAGUUUUGUAGUUGUAGUAAAGCUUGUAAGACAUUUUUCUUGCAAAUGAUCUGAAAGUCUAAUAUAAUAAUGCAGAAGAUCCACAAUUGUUGAUUGAACAUACUAAGCAAUGCGACUUGAAAUUAAACUGGUGUUAAUUUAGAUAGAAUCUGAAAUAAUGAUGAACUUUAUAUCAAUUGAUCAAUUGCCAUUAGAUAACAUUAACUGAAAUGAUUUGUAUUUUAUAUGCUGCAUGAAGUUUAGAUGUAAGUAAAUUAUGAAAGCUGCAAAUAUGAUUAGGUCUUGCUCGAUCAGUAUGCCAUGAAACUCAUUUCAUUUAUAGAAAUGAAUUUUUGAUAUAUGAAUUAUGAAAGAAUACUUAAGUCUACAAACUGCCACUUGGAAAAGAACAAUAUUUUGAACCAUUGUAAAGUUAUAGGUCUUAUAUUAUUCUUUGACAAAAUUUCCCUCAUUUUGGAUGUAACAAGUUCUGAAAAAAUAGGACUAAAUUAUGUGUCAAAUAAAUGGAACAUUUGGGCUUUUUACAAUGCACAGAUCAAUUACUAAAUGAAUGCAAAUUGCUAAUAGUAUUGGUGAUUUUAAGAUUGUAAAAAAAAUACUUGCCUUUUGUUUCAUUUCUAUCUCACUUUUCUUCUCUGUUAG